AUGCCCUUGAUCAACGAUGUCAAGUCCUUUGAAGUACUAUCGAGAUGGAAUUCAUGCUUGGGACAAGAGGUUCGCAUCCUUACGCAGGAUGAGAAGAACUACCGGGGACUUUUGAGCUGCUUUGAUACCGAGGGUUCUGUGAUCGGGAUAUCUCAAUGCUAUGAGCUCACUGAGAAGAAUAAGAAGAGCCUCUUUGUUUCGGAAAAUGAUAUGCGGUCGAAGAUGGCAUUCCAUAUUUCGGAUGUCCGUCAAAUCACCAUACCUGGCAAACUCUAUGAAGAGAAGCAUUUCCGCCUGGAUGGUGCCUACCACGAAAAGACCAAGGGAAUUGCUCAUCGGGAGUUGGCCCUUAAACGAGUAAAGGUGAACGAUGGAAGAUGGGCAGUGGACGAGAUGCUGGCGACCAAUGCGGAAUUAGGAGUCAAGACUAGCUUCGCAGAGGAUCUCUCGCAAUUUACGAACGUAGCUGUGCCGAAACUGAGCAAAGAAGCUAUUGCGCAGGCGCAAAAACUCGCCGACAAGAUAGAAGGCGAUGCAAUGAGUAAACACAAUGCCCGGCUGGAAAAUGACGAUGAAGAGAAGGACUUGGACAAGCUCACGGUGAACGAGGAAUUGCAUCAGCCCAAAAACUACCUGGGGAAGAAACCGUCGCUGGCAAUGACGCGGCGGAACAAGCCCUACCACGAGCAACCCAAAAACAAGAACAAAUCUGCGUCCGCUGGUCCCCGUAACUCGCCGCCCAUCUUGGACCGUGCGCAGCAGUGCAAGCCAAAGGAGAUUGAAAGCAGCCAAAAAUCGGAGCUGAAGCUGGUCGAGAAGCCGCCGUCGGCCGAGCAGCCUACGGAGCUAGUGAACACAGAAGGGCUGGAAAGCACGAAAGCUGCCAAACAAGAUGCUGUUGAAGAUCAGAAACCUGAGCAAAAGACUAAGGAGUUCCGUUUCAACGCCGAUGCCUGUGCCUUCGUUCCGAGAAGCAUGCAGCAGACGGUGCCAGCACCAUCCAGCGGGCCGGCCGCCAAUUUUGCUCCGCGUAAUCGGCAGUGUGCACCGCCUGCUGUGCAGCCGAUGCCCGGUAUGGGCUUUGUCCAACAGCCUAUGCAGGGCACUUUGAUGAUGCCCUAUCAGGAUCCCACGAUGCAGGGUUAUACGCACACCUAUCCGGCUUAUCCACCUGUUUCUAUUCCGCCGCUAUUCCCGUCAAUGACUGCUGUCCAUCAGCAAUCCGUCCUUUACACGCCGCAAAACUAUACGGCUGCCCUCUGCCAGCAGCCUCAGAUUACCGCCACCUACUUCAACACUUCUGCGGCACCGCCAUUGGUGCCUCGUGUACAGUACCAACCUCAAGCCUACAUGCCUCAGGUUUCGAUUGCCGCCGCUAGGCCGUUUGUGCCGCCGAACUACACGGCCGUCGACUUCCAGCACUAUCCGCCCCAUCUGCGGUCCACAACACCUCUGGCUGGCCAUCCGCCUUAU